UUUAUCAGAUUUCAAGCCACAAAGCAAACCCUUUGAAAAGGUGAGUGAGAUUAUACACGAUCUCUAAGUUGGCAUAUAACUUUUGGGUUCAGAUUGAAGUUUAGUGUGUUAUUGAUGGAAAAUCAACCAAGUACCUGGAGGUAUUUUCGAAUUGAUGGAGAGCCACCCACCUACAAAGAGUUCUACUAUGCAGCAAGGCGAUGCAAAUGAAAAAGGUUCUCAAAAUGUUCAGCAAGAUGGCAAUGCAAAUGAUGAACAUAGAAUGCAGAAUGCUCAGCAAUGUGGCAAUUCUAAUGGACAUAGUUCUGAAAAUGUUCACGAUGAGGAGCAUAAUGAGAUUCCAUCUCAACAAUCACUUGUCAAAGCACCUUUUGUUUCAUCGCAACCACUUCCAUCACCUCUAAAUUUCUCACAAGAAAUUCCUCCAGUUCAAAGAAGUUCUCAACCUAUUGGAUCAUUCUUAGCUUCAUUCUCCAUGAUGUACACUGCUCCUAUAACAGGGAGGCCAAAGAAGCAAGUUGCAUUCAAAAAUCCUAAGAAUUCUAUGUCAACUGAGAAUGCAAGCAAGCCUAUUUGGAGACCUUAA